CUCCCCCGUGGCGCGUCACCUCCGUGCGCCGCCCUCCGCGAGCCCCCGGCCCGGAGCCCGGAGCCCCCGCGGGAGGGCUGUGCGGGCCGGGGUGGCGGGCUCUGGUGCUGGCGGCGGGUCUCGCCGCCCCCGCCUGGAAGUCCACGUGGGUGUUGCGGUUGUGUGCCAAAACCGAGCGAGAAGUAGCGGGGACGGGUCAUUACCUGGGAGUUCCAUGCCUCUGCCCGCCCCACUUCGGCGCGCCCCGGGCGUGAUUGUCAGCGUGGGAGGGGGGAAUGUGCAUUGAUUGUCUCACGAAUCGGGAUUAAGCUGGGAAACACGGAGAUUUUCUUCUUUCGUAAUGAAGGCGUAGAGUUACUUUUAGUAUUUAAUAGUCAAGAAAGCAUAGGCUUUCCAAAUUAUCUUUCCAUGUUUCCCUUUUAAUAAAUGAUGCGUGGCUGAGAUUGUUGAGGUGUUUUAAAAACUGGAUGUGCCCAGGAUGCCGCAGUAUUGUCAGUUGAAGUGAUUUUUGUGUAUUAAAAAAAUUGUGUGUAAAAUAGAUUUCCUUGGGAAAUAGAUUUGGAAAAUGGAUUUUCUACCAUAAGAGUUAAUGAAUUUAUGCAGGAUUUCAGCAUCAGUGUUCAAGUAAUCAGAUUUCAGUGGUUGGUAGCAACCUUGGGAAUAAAUGGCCACUUGUCCACACGCUUGAGGUCUUAACUAUUUAUGUUGAGCUAGUUCUCUAGGAUCAGCUGACUGCUAAUUAUAAUUCAUACCAGAUCUUGUAGCGGUUGUAUCCUUAAUAAGCAGAGGUUAAGAGCUAACCUUUAACCCAAAUCUCUUUGCAAGUUUUCUCUGCCUUUUUUGUGGCUCAUUCUGUUACAGUUAAGCUCAUCUUUGUCUGGAUGAAGAACAUUGCUUGGUACAAUAAUAUACUAGCUUUAGAGUAUUAAUACAUAUUAACUUUUAUGUAUUAUAUAUACAUUAUAUAUUCAUGUAAGUAAUUUAUAAAUAGAAACCAUUCAGUUUGACUCUAAAGUUGGAAAAUUAGGAACAGUAGUAAUGGGUAAUGUUGAGUACUUGUUUGCCAGGCCUCUGCCAAAUGGUAUGUGCUUUAUCAUUUAAUCUUCUGGGAUAACUUUUGCAUAGGCAUAGUUUGCUCAGAAAUUGUGAAUACAUGGGUUUGAUUUGAAUAGAUCCAAAUAUGGAGUAUGUACAUUAAUUACUUCUGUUUCUGUUUUUGUGAAGAAGGGUGUUGGCAAUAUAAAAUGACUCCGUAAAAGAAUGUGUUUUUCAAGUUGGAAGAUGGCUUUAAAAUUGCAUAAAACUGCAAUUAGUCUCUUUAUUUGGGUAUUCAAUAGUUUCUAAAGUCCUGUGUCUCAUAUUUAUCCAAAUUCUGAUUACAUAUCAUGGUCAUCCAAUGAACAGGUUAUUCUUAGACAUUGGAAAAAGGUAAAUUUGGGGGAAACCUUAAUGGCCCUUUUGAAAGUUUGUGUUUCCAAAAAUACAAUGUAAUGAUUUGUAUAGGCAUAACAAUGAGAGUAUGAUGGUAAGGUCUAACAGUUUGCAUCUUCUGAGAGUAGAAGAGGUUGAAAAGGACUGGAGAGGAUGAGGGACGUGCUUGGAAAUGUGUCUCAUUUGUGAUGAGAGUAUAUUGGACUUAACCUGUCUCCUGAUUCUAGUGGUCCAUCGUUGGAGAGAGAGAGAGAGGUUGGAAAUGCUUUGCCAGUCACUAUUAUAAGAGGGUUCCUUUCCCCUGUGGGCCUGUGGGCCUUCUCUUUGGGGGGAGGGGCAGAGUGGAGAGUUGUCAUCAAUGGAAGGAUGUAAGAAGAAAAAAAUGCACAUAGUUUCUUUUGGAGUUAAUGUUUCCACCCAUUGUGACUAACUGAUUCCUGUCAGCACUCGCAUGUUUAGGCACUUUCCUAGUAGAUACUUGAUAGCUGUGGGCAGCCACUGGUAGAUCAAGGAAAGAAAGGAAAAGGGAUGGGGUGGAGGGUGGAGACAAAGCACAAGGGUGUACAGCAGAGCAUUAAUAGGCUUUCCAUUUGGGCAAAAUUUAGGCCUCCAGUGGCCUCUGUAAUGAAAACCGUUCUAAUGGUAUUGACCGUAUGUAUUUAAAAUCUCUUCUAUGAUAUUUGUAUCCAAGAAUCUGGAGAGUAUCCCUUUAAUGUGCUUUAUAAACAGUGGAACAUUUAGAAUACAGUACAUGAAAGUUACUGAAUUUUUCACCACAGCCAUUUCUGUAUAUUUGUUGUUGGAGAGUCAGAAUGACCAUAAUGACGGCAUUGGCUCCUGUUUGUAAGGCAUUUAACCAGUGUUGUUUCAUCGUUUUGGAAGAUAAGCUCUUCUCGUUCCUUACUUCAAAACUUGGCUCUCACAUGGAGUGCCCUUUAAAGCUCCAGAGUGCAGGGAUCUUUUCUGUCAUUCAUUGCCUUAUCUCCAGACCCUAGAACAGAGCCUGACCCAUGGAAGGUACUCAGUGACUGUUUGUGGAAUGAACCCAAAUACACUGGAAUCCUGUCCUCUCUUCUUUCCACUACCAAAGAUCCCAUUUAACUUUAGGGGCAGGGCCACACCAGCUUUACCUUCUCCACAGAAUCUGCAGCUCACGAUAAGCCCAGUAUAAAUGUAUACUGGUAUAAAUGUUAGCUGUUUAUACCACAUACUUUGGCAUUUAAUCCCUUAUGGCUUUAUACUGUUAAAUAAGUUUUUCUGCAUGUUUUGUUUCCCCACCUAAAAUAAAGGCUACUGAGGGCUGAGAAUAUAUAAGGUACUAUGUUUUCCUUAUUCAUCCAGUAUAAUAUAUACAGAGUAGGUUUGUAUUUACUUAUUGAGUGAAUAUUAGAUACCCUAGGGGAAACAUCAGAGAUAUUCAGCAUGUGAUUCCAUUCUUCAAGUAGGUACUAUUUUAGGUGGGCAGACAUUGUGUGCACAUGUGAAACAGUAUGAGAAUUUGCAGCUAAAUAAAAUAAAGUGAAAAUAAUAGCUAACAUUUAUGUAGUGCUUAAAAUGUGCCAGAUACUGUUUCAGGAAUCUUUGCGUGUUAAUUUGUUGGAAUGUCAACAAUCUUUCGAAGUAGGUACAGUUAUAAUCCCAUUUCUUAAAAUGAGGAAACUGAGACCCAGCAAGGUAAUUAAAUCACUUACCCAAGAUCACAAUGCAUAUAGUAAGGGGACUGGAUAUGAGCCCAGGCAGUCUGGCCCCCAAGUCAGUGUCCUUUCUCUGGGGAGUUUUUCUUGAUCAAAGAAGACAGAUCUAAAACUUGACACUAGUUUCUUGGCUGUAAAAGGUUCUCUUUUUCAAAUUUCAAAGUAGCAUAGGUUGCAAGGACUGAGCUGCAGAAACAGUGCUGAAUUUUUCAAAUGGAAGUGGUUGAUCAAUGGUUCCGGGGACACUACAUUUUGAAAUGACUAAAGGCAAGGGGAGAGAAACUGAAUUUUGAAUCUCAACACUGAAUGAGGAUUAUAACUCUUCCGUAGGUGUUGAAUUCAAGGACAGUGAUUCACCAGGACGUAGGAUAAUGACUGUUGAAGUUUUUAAUUUAGUGUCAGAAAACGUGAAAUAUAAUAUUGAAUAACACUUGAUAUCUUACUACCUUUCUUUUUUAAACACUUACUAGAUUUAAACCCCAGUGGUAGUAACUUACCAGAACGUAAGUGUUCCUGAAGGUUUCCUGUGCACUUAUAUCCAUUUGCUGUGGCCUCAUGUGGAAUCUUGAUCCACUUGUUCAGCUUGUCUUGGGCAGUACAGAACACUAUUGGCCAGGAGGCCUCUUCUAGUAAUAUUUCUUUGAUGGAAAAAAAAUGUAAAAUUGUGCUGUUGAUUUUGUGACAUACCUGGAGUGAAGUCAUUUUGAAGCUGCGUGGAAUUAGAAGAGGGGCUGCAAACAAAAUCCAGCAAGAUGGAAAAAAAAAUGGUAUUCUCUGAAAACCCACUUUUGUGUCCCUUUUGUCAGGAGCUGACAGUAUUAUUUUGGGGGUGUUGGGCAUCAAAAGAGACACUGAAUCCAAAUGACUCCACAGAUAGGGGAGUACAUACAUCAGCACACCCACUGUCCAGGAAUCAGAGGAGGAAGUGCCCUUGAAUGAAGCAUGGGCUACAAACCUGGUUAGCGGCCAGGGAGGACACACGCUCUGCAGGCAUCUUACCUUGGAAACAGCACAGUUUGGCUUGCAUCCAUGUCAUCUUUGAGUAUGAGAGAGAAUCCUAAUUUCAGCAUGUCCUCAGAGACCAAAGAACCAGCUUACAAAAAAAUGACUGAUGAAGAGGAAAUGGUUUGCACUUUUGGAGUUAGAGGUUUCUGCUCAUGUGUGGGAGGAGACAUCACAGCUUUCCCAGAUUGGGAGGAAAAAUAUGGAAUGUGUUUUACCGCUGACUGAACACAACCAAAUGAACUGUACUGACAGUAGUUUGAAAACCAGCAGUUAGCAGUUUGUUCAGGCUCUAACAUUGUCCAGCACUUUCCAGAGCAAACUCACUGUUUACAAGAACUCUCGGCCUUACGACGUUUAUAACCUCAAGCUUUGUUUAUUUAAAAUAUUCCCGCACGAGAAAAGUACCUGGCGCCCACUUUCCAAAAUGGCCAUGGAUGAGUAUUUGUGGAUGGUCAUUUUGGGUUUUAUCAUAGCUUUUAUCUUGGCAUUUUCCGUUGGUGCAAAUGAUGUUGCCAAUUCAUUUGGUACUGCUGUGGGCUCUGGCGUGGUGACCUUGAGGCAGGCAUGCAUUUUGGCUUCAAUAUUUGAAACCACCGGCUCAGUGUUAUUGGGAGCCAAAGUAGGAGAGACCAUUCGAAAAGGUAUCAUUGAUGUGAACCUAUACAACGAGACAGUAGAAACACUAAUGGCUGGGGAAGUUAGUGCAAUGGUUGGCUCAGCUGUUUGGCAGCUCAUUGCAUCCUUCCUGAGACUUCCAAUCUCAGGAACUCAUUGCAUCGUUGGUUCUACUAUAGGAUUCUCACUUGUUGCAAUUGGUACACAAGGUGUGCAGUGGAUGGAGCUUGUCAAGAUUGUUGCUUCCUGGUUUAUAUCCCCACUGUUGUCUGGUUUCAUGUCUGGCGUGCUGUUUAUACUGAUCAGAAUUUUCAUCUUAAAAAAGGAGGACCCUGUUCCCAAUGGCCUCCGGGCACUUCCAGUGUUCUAUGCUGCUACAAUAGCAAUAAACGUAUUUUCCAUCAUGUACACAGGAGCACCAGUGCUUGGUCUGGUCCUUCCCAUAUGGGCAAUAGCACUCAUCUCCUUUGGUGUUGCACUGCUGUUUGCCCUUUUUGUAUGGCUCUUUGUGUGUCCAUGGAUGCGGAGGAAAAUAGCAGGCAAAUUACAAAAAGAAGCUGCUUUAUCGCGAGUUUCUGACGAAAGCCUCAGUAAAAUUCAGGAAGUGGAGUCCCCAGUAUUUAAAGAGCUACCAGGUGCCAAGGCUAAUGACGACAGCACUGUCCCUCUCACGGGCUCAGCUGGGGAGCCAUCUGGAACCUCUGAAGGCACAUCAGUGGGAAACCACCCCCGGGCCUCCUACGGAAGGGCACUUUCCAUGACUCACGGCUCUGCAAAAUCACCCGUCUCCAACGGCACCUUCGGCUUUGACGGCCACACGAGGAGUGAUGGGCACGUGUACCACACGGUGCACAAAGACUCGGGGCUCUACAAAGACUUGCUGCACAGGAUUCACUCAGACAGGGGCCCCGAGGAGAGGCCCGCACAGGAGAACAACUACCGGUUUCUGCGGCGAAAUAACAGUUACACGUGCUACACGGCAGCCAUCUGUGGAAUGCCUGUCCACUCGACCUUCAAAGCUGCUGACUCGUCAUCUGCGCCAGAGGACAGCGAGAAGCUGGUGGGGGACGCCGUGUCCUAUUCUAAAAAGAGGCUUCGCUAUGACAGCUACUCAAGCUACUGCAAUGCGGUAGCAGAAGCUGAGAUAGAGGCCGAUGAGGGAGGUGUGGAAAUGAAGCUGGCAUCUGAGCUGACAGAUCCCGACCAGCCCCGAGACGACCCUGCAGAAGAGGAGAAGGAGGAGAAGGACACAGCCGAGGUCCACCUCCUGUUCCAUUUCCUGCAAGUCCUUACUGCCUGUUUUGGAUCCUUUGCUCAUGGUGGCAAUGACGUGAGUAAUGCCAUUGGUCCCCUGGUAGCUUUGUGGCUGAUUUACGAGCAAGGUGCAGUCCUGCAGGAAGCAGUUACCCCCGUCUGGCUGCUGUUUUAUGGAGGAGUUGGAAUUUGUACGGGUCUGUGGGUCUGGGGGAGAAGAGUGAUCCAGACCAUGGGGAAGGACCUCACCCCCAUCACACCAUCGAGCGGCUUCACCAUUGAGCUGGCCUCCGCGUUCACGGUGGUGAUCGCCUCCAACGUCGGACUUCCUGUCAGCACCACACACUGCAAGGUGGGGUCCGUGGUGGCCGUGGGCUGGAUCCGCUCCCGGAAAGCCGUGGACUGGCGCCUCUUCCGGAACAUCUUUGUGGCCUGGUUUGUGACUGUCCCCGUGGCCGGGUUGUUCAGUGCUGCUAUCAUGGCUCUUCUCAUGUACGGGAUUCUUCCAUAUGUGUGAUUUGUCUUCUUCCGCCCAGUACACAAGGGAGGGUCUGGUGUGGGUAUGUGUGGGUGGCGUGUUACACGCACGCUGCCUGCGCACGGGCUGUCUCCCAGCCAGCUUGUCCGUGGCCCUUUCAUAUGGUUCCAAACCACACUGUUCACCUACACUGUAGAGAGUCAUCCUCCAGAGCUAACUUAACUACUGUACAUAAUCAUGUGCAUUAAACUGGUAUCGUGGUGACAUAACGUGGUGCAGUUACUUAUAUGUUAAAUAUAUAUUGUAUACAUAGAAUAGAUAGCAUUAUUUCAAACAUACUCGAAAUGGGAGUGGAGAAAUAUUGUCUAGAAUUCAAUAUUCAACAAAUCUUUGUACGGAAUGAUUUCAGUGGCAAAUUUUAAGAACCUUUUAAAAGGAAAGUGUAGAUUGGAAAGUGCUAUUUUUCCCAUUGAAUAUACUGUAAGAUAAGUGUGAAUCGGGUUGGAUGCACAUUUGGGAAGAUGUACGUCCGGGGGUGUGCUCUUGAGUAAUACUGGGGUAGGAGUUCACAAGUGCUUUCACUGAGGAAUUUGUUCAUAUACUGUGUAUUGAUUAUGUAAUAUAUCAUAAUUGCCUCUGUAAAUACUUAAAACGGUAAUUUUUUAAUGGUGUGCUUCCCAUAUACUUUUUUGAUCAGAAUUUUGGAAAGUACCAAAGAAGCAGGGGAAUAGCUUGCCAGUAUUAUAUUUUCAUACUGUCUUUCUCCCCUUCCCAUGAAUCCUACUGUUAACCUAGGCUGUAGCGAGACCGCCUCGCCCCGGCCUGCCCCCUAGCAGGGCGGAGGCCGAAGCACCAGCCCCCUGUCACGUGCUCGUUACGAGCAUCCUACUUCCUGUCCCCCGCCCCCACUGCCACCACUCGCUAGUUACUGGU